CGAUCCCAAUAAGUUUCGUAAACCGGCUGGCUACGACGCCGAAAUGCAUUCUCUUUACAACUUCAAUCCAGCGUAUCUUCACGGUCUCUGUGUCAAGGCCGAAUCGGGUCCAAAGGACACAUUCGAUCGUAUAACUACCGCGGCUUUGGUCAUUUUGGGGGCUGCGAAAAUGUUUAUCCACAUUUGGAGAUUGUUUAACAGGAGUAAAAGGCCCGGAGAGUCUCCGCACGGAGAGUCUCCGGUGCGAUCCUCUGAUCUUUCGUGACUUGUCACUCAUGUGACAACCAGUAGGAUGGUUGAUCUGCUCCUUAUUGGAGAAUGUUGAUGUCCCUCACAUCCUGCGAGAUUCACAGAGCUAUGCAAGGGAUCUAGGACGUAUACAGUACAAAACGCUAAGUUCAUGCAUCCUGGUCCGACAGCGGAGUUGCAUUAGUUUGCUUACUGUAUCC